AAAGUGUAGCGUUGUUUGUUUCUAGCAAAUUGUUCCUCAAUUUCACGUUUGACCCAAAAGAUGUCCGCAGAGGUUGUGGUUUUCUGAAGAUUGAUUUUAAACAAGCAGAUUUUUUCCUAAAGAUUUUCCAACCAUUCUUUAUGAAAUUUUGAAGUUAAUUCCACCAUUUUGAGUUUUUAACGAAACAUUUUUUAUUACAAACUAUAGCCCUCAGCUGGGUACAAAUUUUCAAUAAAAGUAAAUAAAAAAGGUUGAUAUAAGUUUAGUUCAAGAUGAAUUUUGGUGGCGGAGGAAUGAAGCGUCCAUUGGAAGGGGCAGACUCUGGUGGAUCAAUGAAGAAAAAUCCCUUAGAGGUGAUGCAGACAGUCAUCAAGAAUUCACAAAGAGACUUGCAACAGAAAACUUCAGAUGGACUACCUCGAGAUCCUGAGGCUUUGAAACAGAUCUUCACACGACAACAGAUGCUACUUGAACUGCAGACUGAGAUGAUGACCGAGAUGGCCAAAGGGAACUCUGAAGUCAAACCACUAAUGUCAGAGCAGGUUGUGGCUUAUCCCAAAAAAGCACCCAAGACAGAGAAUGACGAUUUUUAUUAUGGGUUCAACAUGGGCGCCGGCCCUCCUCCAGGACCACCAGGUCCUUCUGGUAGGGGUGGCAGAAGAUUCAAUGAAGAUAGACAUGAACCCAUGGGUAUGGGUAGAAGAGGAGGUCCCCCUGAUGGAAGGAGGGGUCCGAGGUUUGGACCAGAUGAUGAUGAUGAUGACUAUUGGGGUCCCACAGGAAUGGGUAUGGGAGGCCCACCCAUGAGAGGUAUGGGAGGUCCUCGUGGACGAUUUGGUCCUCCUGGACCAGGACCAAUGGGACCUGGUCCUAGAGGGUUUGUGCCCCCUUUUGGACCACCCAGAGGUCAGAAUUUCCGUGGACAAAAUCACCGAGGGGUUCCAGACAGAAGAAAGAAUAUUCCAAAAGAUCACAAGGGUAGAGGUCUUCCACCAACACCUGAAGAUUCCUGGGAUUAUCAUGCAGUUCCAGGGAACCCACUCAACAGACCAUACAAUGGUCUCCCAUGUGAGGACCGACUCACAGUCCUGAAGCGGGAGAUCUUCAAAUAUGACAACUUUCCACAACCUCUGAGGUUGAUCGAAACGGCUCGUCAUAAUUACCCAGAUGCCCAUCUUAGGACAAACUAUGUUGAUGAACCUGUGGAAGGUUCUGAGGAUUUCAUUGGUUACCUGGACAUUAAUGGAGUUCUGAUCGCUGUGGAAAGAGGGGUAAACAAGAUCGACGCUAAAGUCAACUGCUAUGCUGAAGCGUUGUACCUCCUGUCGUGCAAACCCACCAGUUACAUCUAUUCAAAUUGCGCUAGAAUCCACGACGUAUAUGGACAUCCAUCAGAGAAGAUUCAGAAGCGCCACAGUUUUGUCCGAGAUCGCUUGAGCUGGAUGCUUGAUGCUCUUCAUGAAGGUGUCUGUUCUAUACCGCGAUCGGCACCCAACAGAGACUUCGAAGAGAUCAUCUACACCAUGAAUUUAUCAGUCACCCAUGUCAUUAAAGAAGGAUCUUCUUCUAAAGGUUACAAGUCCGAUCUCUAUGUUGAUGAUUUGUAUAUCUCAUCAGGAGAAGGUAUCGAUAAAUUUGAAGCCACUAAAGAUGCUUAUGCCGAAGCUAGAUCAAUCCUCUUUAAGGACAUCAAUCCUCAGAUGUUGGAUCGGGAGAACAGACUGACCAACAUCGAUUUCUUUGAUCCAAGCAUCUUGGACAUCAAACACUCAGAAUUCAAGCAUCGUAUCUUCACCAAUAUUGAAACUUUGUCUCGAAAGGGAGCUUACACUCCAGAACUGUUGAACCGAAAGGACAGGAUUAUUGCCAUUGUUCCUGUUGAUGAGAAAUCAGACUGGAAGUGUUUGGAUGAAACUGCUGCUGCCAAUGAUUUACUGAUGGAAUAUAUCGAGAAUAAUUCUGGUACAAGUGCAAGAUGUACAGUAUUUCUACAAGGGUUGUGUUAUGCUGAUUCGUACAGCAGUAAAGAGGAGUCAGCUAGAUCUGUGGCUAUGGGAAGAGCUAAAUUUAUUCUCUUGAAGAGAUGUACCACUGUCAUUGAGAGGAAAAAUGUCGACUUCAACAACGUGGCUUUAACAUUUGAACAGAUAGUGGAGAAGGCAGGAGAGCUGUGCAUGUCCCAACCUAAACUUCUGGACGGCAAGACACCACCGACAUAUCAACCAUCGUCUGAUAAAGAUCCACAACCAAACGACUUAUCACCUUGGGUGGACGAAUUUCUUCGAGAUCUAAUCUUAAAUUAUGGACAGACAGAUGGACUGGACGAUUUGAUCAUCAGUCAUCUCCCUUCGUUCCAUUCCAAAGUCUUGAAUGACCGGGCUGUCGAAUUGAACGUAGCUGUAGAUAUCGAACGCCACAAGAACGUCGCUUAUACUAUCGUCAUGAAGUCCAUCACUAAGCGCCUCUCCUCCGAUGAAUUCAUCGAGUAUUUGAAGUCACAUGACAGUGAGUCAGGUCGAUUUAAGUUGACCUUUAAGGAAAUGAAUGAACCCAGUGCUCUGACCCCCUUGAAACCAUCAGAUAAGGAAAAAUAAGACUGAAAUGUUAAUAAGAAAACUAAAGUCAGACCCAGUGUAAAUUUCAAAUAAUUUGAAACAUUUUAAACUAAGAAUUGGAUCUUGCAUGAUCAAUUUUAUGUUUUAUGUGUUUUUGAAGAUGGGUUCAUUGCAUUGUUCUUGGCAGAAUCAUGCUUGUCUUUGGCGGUCUUAUCAUUGUUUGGCUGUUAAAAGACACUAAGUUAUCCCCCUUAUGGAAAACAGAAGAUCAUAAAGCCCAAAGAUCAUAGGAAUCCCUUUUAAAUUAACUAAUUAUAAAUGACUUACUAUUGUAUGUUUUUUGUGCUAAUUGAUUGGAAUUAUGAACAUUAUGAACCUGCUUUUGUAAAUAACAUACGUAAAAUUUUGCAGAGUGUUUUAAGUGUUCUGCUAUCGCUAGGGACUAAACAUCCGAUGGCUGAGGAAGCUAGGGAAUCAGGUUCAAGUUUCAUUGAAACCUCAAUGCCUCGACAGACGUUCAUGUUUACAUUAACAUAAUGUGACACCAAUUGCGUAUGAUUGAGUACCGAUCGCUGUCCAUUUGUUGUUAUGGUUUGUUCGAUGGACUGCUCUGAACAUACUCUUGAAUCUAGUGUGCUCUAAUUUAGUUCCCUGAACAAACACGCUUGAAUUGAAUGUUUUGAACAGUCUCUAUUGAAUCUGACGUUUUCUAGUAGUGUCCUGAUCAGACUCUGAAAUCGAGUGUGUUCGGUUAGUGUUCUAUUACAGUGCUCUUAACCAAUUCGUGUAAUCGAUGCGUUCUAUUUAUCUACAUGGAACUUAACAUUCAACUUUGUGUAAAGAGGCCUAUAUUGUAUCAGUUGUGAAAAUAAUCAUGAUGAUGUAUGUUGUAAAACGUAAGUAACAAAAGUAAAAUGUUCAUGUUAUAUAU